AUGGUUAAAAUACACCAAAUAAGCAAAAUUGGUCACUAUUUACUGUCGUUAAUUUUAACAGUUUAUUUGUCAUCACAAAAAAAAAAAAAAUUUCCUAUUCCCUGGAAGACCUUAAAUGGUCAAGGGGUGACAAUAUCCAGGAAGUACGCAACAGUGGAGGGAUGUUGCGAAAAAUCGGGUGUCCCCUCUUGGAAUAUCAGACUUGGCACUUUAAAUACUGGAUCGCUUACUGGACGCUCCAUGGAGAUCAUCGACAUGCUGGAAAAGCGAAAGGUUGACAUCUGUUCUCUGCAGGAAACAAGAUGGACAUCAAAUGGUGUCUCUCUCAUUGGGAGUUACAAGUUGUUCUGGAAUGGGCAAAAGACAGAUCAAAAUAGAAUUGGAAUCAUCAUACGGGAAUCACUGGCAAAAAUAAUGGGAAAACAGGUUCUGACUGUUUUCUCUGCAUAUGCACCACAGACCGGUGAAUCUGAAGUCGCCAAAAAUGACUUCUGGAACACACUCUCAGAUGCCGUCAGGAAAACACCAUCAUCAGAGAUACCAUUGAUAUGUGGUGACUCAACGGCCAUGUUGGAGAUAAAGCAAAUGGGUAGAACAUUUGAUCACAUAUAA